AUGAUGUUGUACGGAAACAAGGUACGAGGAGUUGUCUACGUGGUUGCGGUUAUCAAUGCGGCAACCGCAUUGCCUGGCACCCUGAUUUCAUGCAUUCUGUAUAGACUGUUUCACUGGCGUAAACGUCCUUUGCUGGGAGUAUUUUUUGUCGCCCUACUAAGCACUUUAAUUGCUGCCGUUUGUACUUUAACCCAGAAUCACGAAACGGAUCUAUUUCUCAUGAUCACCGUGAGUAUAUCGUUGACCACUUUGGAAUCAGCGUUGGAUAUGAUCUUUAUCUACAUACCCGAACUAUUCCCGACCCGAUUCCGAUCAAAGGGUCUCGGAUUUUGUGGUGGAUUUGCUCGAAUUGGUGCGGCUCUAUGUAGCUUUACAAACGAACUGGACAGUCGAUUGGGUCACGGUAGCCCAAUGGCAUUCUAUACAGUCUCGAUUUUCGUGGCCAUUCUGGCCGUGUUUGGCCUUCCGGAUACACGGGGAGAGAAUUUGGAAGAGGAAUCCGACCAGGUGGCUAAUGUAGACGUGCUGAUCACUGAUUUUUGA